CCCACGACUGAUGAAAAUAAAUGUGAUCGCAUCAUGCAUGUCGGACAGUUCACGACAAACACUCGCAGAGUCAACAUCGUCGGAAAAUUUCAUUCAAAAACUUAACAUUUGAAAAUAUGGCCGUUGAAUGUGUCAAUAGCACAGCCUAUGUAGGCAAGAUUCUUUCAGAGAGGCGAAAGGUAAGUUUUUAAGCUCUUAGUCUUUGAUAAGUGCAACAUUAACAUUGCACAAGAAAUAAAUUCAAUUAACUUUUGCAAUUUUUUUAAGGCUCUUUGCUAAUAGUCUGAAUUGUUUUCUUUAGGCUAAGAAACCUCUCAUGGAAAAAAUGCGUCGUGCCAGAAUUAAUGACAGUUUGAACGAACUCAAGAACCUUGUUCUGGAACUCCUUCAGAAAGAUGUAAGUUAAAGAUUUAUAGAUUUAUUUCAAAUUACAAACGAAAUCGAAGAUGGUUGUAGGCUCAGCACCUCGAGUUGCUUUAAUAUGUAAUGAUUGCAUCUUGAAUAUAUUGAAGAUUUAACGAUCUGUUGUGCAUCACUCAGUUUUCUUGUGUAACUUAAAAAACUUGAUAUAAUUAUUUUUUUUGGCUUCCUUUAUCCAGGCCUCUCGUUAUUCCAAGAUGGAGAAAGCUGAUGUUCUUGAAAUGACCGUGACUUACCUAAGAGCCAUGCACCGAAAAGACAGUGGCAUUGAAGGUAAGCGUUUGUGAAGCUUCUCGUGAUAAUCCAUAAUAAAAGAAAGAACGAGGUUCCAAAACAUCGCUAAGUCUGCAACUAUUGGCAAAAAGCACCAGUUUGUAACUAUCUUAAGUGCAUGAUUUAUUUUGUAUGAAAAGAAUUAGAAUGCUUCUCAAGAUUUCUCCCAUGUGACGAUACUUGACAUUUUGCGCUUGGAAACAACUUGAACGUAUAAAUGAUCGUGCUCAGCGCUCGUAACACGAUAAUUAGCUCGCAUUCAACGCCAAAAGUUAUCUUUAUUCAUGUUUUUUUGUUGUUGUUGUUUUCUUUUUUUACUUUUUUGCAAAGAACUGAAAUUAACGAGUCGUUUCCUUCACUCUUAGAUCCUCAGUCACUAGCCGAAUACAGAGCCGGCUUCAACCACUGCGUGAGCGAAGUCAACAGAAGUAUGACAAGUGAAGGAAGCGAGCAGCUCAGGGAAAAACUCUUGUCACACUUGGCUUCAUGCUACCAUAGCAACGCCACUAACCGUGUCGCCACGAGCCACGCGUCAGGGAUUCCCGCCAUGACUCAGAGUUUUCCCGCCAUUGCGCCAAACACCGUCUGGGUUCCAUAUCCUUCACCACCGCCAUCUCCCACAAACCAACCUACAAUUUUUAAUCCCUUAACAAGUCCAAUUAAAACUGAAAUGCCAAGAAUACCAUCCCCGAUCAGUCCAUCGGCAGCUCAAACAAAGAAAAUCAGCAUCUCGCCUGCGAGUUCUCCAAGCGCCAGUACAAAGACACCGCUAUGGCGUCCUUGGUGAUCAGUGAACGCUGAAAUAAAUCUACAAUGUUAGAAAAUGAUCUCAAAACAAGCGACAUCGAGAG